GAGUGUGGUCUGCAGCCUGGUGGACGGACAAGGGGGAUCUACGAUGUCUCAGUCAGACGCACAGAAGAGCAGUCCUGUGACACUGGUGUUAAUGGUUGCUUCAGCAGCCAUUGGAGGGACUCUACAGUAUGGAUACAACCUGGCUAUAAUGAAUGCUCCUACAACUUUCAUUCAGACCUUCAUCAAUGAGACGUUUCUGGAGCGCUGGGACAUCCAGUUAGAGGACUACCAGGUGACACUGGUCUGGACAAUCAUUGUCUCCAUCUUCUCUUUGGGAGGAUUUGCAGGUGCCAUCAUCGCAGGACCGAUGACUAUAUACUUUGGGAGGAAGAAAUGUCUGCUGUUGAAUAAUAUUUUUCUCAUGACCGGUGCACUCUUUGCUGUGACGAGUAGAGCUGCUAAGUCUUUUGAAAUGAUCAUGAUCUCACGUGUGCUGGUGGGAAUAAAUGCUGGGAUCAGCAUGAAUGUGCAGCCCAUGUACUUUGGAGAGAGCGCACCGAAACACUUGCGAGGAGCUAUAUCUCUGUCAUCAGCUGUUUUCACUGCAUUCGGAGUCGUGUUAGGACAGGUGGUCGGACUCAGAGAGAUUUUGGGUAGUGAACCCUGCUGGCAGUACCUCCUUGCCAGUAAUGCCAUUCCUGGCCUCAUUCAGCUCCUUACUCUGCCAUGGUUCCCAGAGAGCCCCAGAUACCUGCUUAUUGACAGGGGAGACAAAGAGGCCUGUAUAAACGCUCUUCGCCGGCUGCGGGGCUGUGAGGUCCAGAACAGUGAGCUGGAUGAGAUCCUACAAGAACAAGCUGAAACCAAAGGCCUGCGGCCCAGCCGGCCAUGGGACCUUUUUACUGAUCGCUCUGUGCGCUGGCAACUCAUUACUGUCGUCAUCAUCAGCAGUGCCAUGCAGCUCUGUGGUAAUGACUCGAUUUACUUCUAUGCAUCAUAUGUGUUCAAAGAGGCAGGAAUAUCUAAUGAUAAAAUCCAGUAUGUCACAAUUGGCACUGGGACAUGUGAGUUUACAGCCUGUAUAAUGUGUAACCUGAUGAUUGAGCGCAAAGGUCGGAGGUUCAUGCUCAUGGGCGGGUUCAUUCUCAUGACCAUCUGGGCCAUUGUCUUCACAAUCGCUUUAUCAUUUGAGCGCUAUGUGUCCUGGAUGUCUUAUCUGAGCAUGGGCUGCAUCUUCACUUACAUUCUUAGCUUUGGCAUGGGACCAGCUGGUGUUACCGGCGUUCUGCCCACAGAGAUCUUCAACCAAACUGCUCGUCCUGCAGCCUACAUGAUCGCUGGUUCCAUGAUGUGGCUCAACCUUUUCAUCACUGGGAUGAUUUUCCCUUUUCUAGUGCGUGAGCUGAGUGAAUACUGCUUUGUGCCUUUUGGUGCCGUCUGUCUGUUGUCUGCACUUUAUGUCGGCCUGUUUCUACCCGAGACCAAAGGAAAGUCACUGUCUGCUAUCACAAGUGAAUUCCACAAACUCAAUUACAAAGGUCAGGACAGGAUGUGUGCAUCAGAGGGUCAGUACCAGCUGGGAGAAGUGUGUCACUCCACAGCAUUAUAGGCUUCUUUUUGGACUUUUCUGUUGUCUCACUUUGACCUGAUCCUCCUGAGCUGGAAGAGGAAGAAAAGCACAGUCUAAUAGGAAUGGAGAAAUGUUCACUUUCAUAUAACUGAAAGCAUUUUAAGUUGAUUAUAACUCCUUUAUUUGGAGUGUGUUUUCGAUGAAGAGAAUUACAGAAAUUAUCUGUGUGAUCAAUUACUCAGAUUCUUUCUGUCAGGUUGAUUUCAUAUGGAAAUGUUGACAAUAUCAAACUCAGAAAGAUGUAAUAUGAUACACCACAGGUGAUGUGUUAUAAAAGGUCAUGUUCCGUUUUUUGUUUUUUGUUUUUUUUCUACUGCCCCAGUCAUCAGAAAUACACUAUUUGUGUAUACCUUGCACAACCAUUGCAAAUGAAAGCUGUAAAAAAAAAAGAAAAAAAAAGAAAA